AUGGCGGAGACCUCGCCCCCUCCCCCCACGCGGCUGGCCUUUGAUCGGACCCCUGAGCUGCUUCAUGUUCAGGCGAUCCGCAGCACGAAGGAGAAGGUGGACAGGGUUGAGAUGCACCCUGUCCAAAGCUGGCUGGCCUAUGUGGACCGGAAUAGCACCGUCUGCCUGAUAUACGACGUGCAGCUGGGAGGCGCGGACGAGGCUGCGCUGCAGGAGGCGGCGCUGCGGCAGCGCGCCGACCGCGGCGCCGCAGCCGCUGGGCUGUCCGCCGCGACAGCAGCGAUGCAAGAGGCCAGCCUGGCGGCCAAGGGCACCGCCUCGGGCCUGGUCAGGGAUGUCAAGUUCCUCGACAUGGACUCCUGCUUCUGGCAGAUUGCGAGGCAGCACUGGAUGCAGUAUGGCGCCAGCGAUGACCGCACCAUACCUUACCUGGGCAAGUGUAAGGGGCUGCAGGGCAAGCGGUGGCUGGUGGUCGCCUGCGAGAACAAGGUGGUGAUGCACGACCUGGCCUCCGCCGACAGCCGGGACAUCCCUCGGGCGGCCUGCUUCGAGUCCAAGGCGCCCACCUGCCUCGCCUUCCUGCUGCUCAACCUGCCGGGGCUGCUGGGCUACUCCGCGCCCGGCAGCCAGGCGGGCAUGAAGCAGGCGAGGCUCGGGGCCCGCGGCAGCGCCCGCGCCGCGCCGCCGCCCCUGCAUCCAGCGCCGCCUGCUCGCUGGCUGGCGGGCGGGCACCCUCCAGCAUCGCAACCCUGCUUCAUCUUCCUCAUCAGCCCCGACACAAUGACCGUGUACGCCAAGCUGAGCGGCGCCCACGGCAAGGCGGUCACAGCCAUGCUGCCGCUGGCCAGCGAGGCCCCCGGCGGCCCCGACAUGCUGCUGUCCGCCAGCGCAGACGGCACGCUGGCAGUGUGGGACCCUUCUCGGGCGCCCAUGAAGGGACCCGACCGCGAGAUUGCCGCCAAGCUGUCCUUUAAGGCGCACGACAGCGGGGUGGCGGCCAUGACCUACUUCCUGACCUACACCGAGAAGCCGGAGCCGCCCGCCAUGCGCCUGGCCACCACGGGCGACGACAAGCGGGUGCACAUGUGGGAUAUCGGCAGCUGGAAGCCGUUUGCCAAGGCGCAGCCGCUGCAGAAAGCGGGCUGCCACAGCAUCGUGUGGGCGCCCUGGGGCGGCACUGGCCUGGGCGCGCACCCCUCCCUGCUGCUGGCCACAGGCGAGGCGCCGCUGGUGCUGGGGCUGGAUCCCGCCACCGGCGGUAUGGAGCGGUACAUCGGGCUGGAAGGAAAGAUCGACCCCGGGCAGAAGAAGGUGCCCAAGGUGUACCACCUGGCGGUGCACCCCACCAGGCCGCACCUGGUGGCGGCCGCCACCAACACGGGGGCAGUCCUGAUGUCUUUCGACACCAACGAGCGGCCGCCCGUGGUGGUGACCCUGGAGGCGCUGCUGCAGCAGAACAACGACGCGCCGGACAAGCGCGGCGGCGGCGGCGAGGCCCAGGGCGGCGCCAGCGGCGGCAAGGGCGCCCAGGGGCUGACGUACGUGAUGGCCUCGGGGGGCCGCCUGUGGUCCACCGCGCUGCGCAUGGAGAGCCAGCGGGCGGAGGGCGCCGCGGAGCGCACCGUCAGCCUGGCCGCCAGCCCUCGUGAGCCCAUCGCCGCGCUGGACCACCCCGGGCGCCCCGUGCUGGGCUGCAGCGCCAGCGGGCGCAGCAUCAGCGUGGUGUGGCCCCAGCUGCGCGCCUACGCCGUGUACAGCCUGGCGCCGACGGGCAGCUGGGAGGUGGUGGACAGAGGCUCCGGCAACAACGUGGUGUGGAGCAGCACGCAGCCCAUGUAUGCGGUCAUCUCAGUCCCCAACAUCCCCACCAUUGCCCCCAAAAAGAAGAAAGGCUUCUUCGGCGGGAAGAAGGCGGCGGCCGCGGCGGCAGAGCAGGAGGCGGCGGCGGCCGUGCGCUUUGCGGCGGCCACCGCCACCACUGUCGAAGUGCACACCGUGAACGAGGAGGCGGGCAGCCAGUUUGUGGCCACCCACGAGGUGCGGCUGGGCGGCGACCAGCCCGUGCUGCUGCACGGCGGCGGCCUGCUAGGCGUGGUGCUGAACAAGCCAGCCCCCGGCGGCGCAGGCCGGGUGAUGCAGUUUGUGAGCUGGAAGGGGUUCGCCCCCGUGGGCCCCGAGCUGCCGGAGCCUGUCUGGGUCAGCUGGGAGCCCGAGUGCACCCUGCUGGCCCUAGCGUACCAGAACGCCAUCGAGCUGUGCCGCACGCGCCCUGCAUUUGAGCGAUGCGCCUCCGUCUCUAUCGCCGACUCGGUGGCGGGGCUGUGGCAGAGCCGCCAGCUGUACAUCUCCACCCCCACCUCUGUGCAUGUGGCCUUUGCUGACCCGGUCACCUCUUUUGUGCAGGAGGUGCAGCUGGCCAGCUUCCAGGGCGGGGUGGACGGCAAGACGAGCGCCUCGGCGGAGGCCACCCCCCUGCCCCCCGAGCAGAUGCGUCCCGCGGGGCCCAUCACACUAGCGGGAGUGCGGCACAGCUACCUGUGGCUGGCCGACUGCCUGGGCCGACCCUUCCUCAUCUCCCUGCGCCACCCGGGCCUGCGCAUGCGCUGCCUGGCUGCGCGCGGCGAGAUCACCACUGCACGCACCAUCGCGGAGCGAGGCCUGGCUGCCGGGUUCCACGACGAGGCCGCCCGCUUCCUGGCGGCCAUGAGCCCUCAGGAGGGGGUGCGGGAGGCGCUGGCGCUGCCCGGCCUCACCCCCACCGCGGAGAUGGCGCUCAGCAUACGGAGCGGCAAGUGGGACCGCGCCGCGCGCUGCUUCCAGGCGCUGGCGCUGGGGGUCAGCGACAGGGGCCUGCUGCAGCUGUUUGGGGACGGCGGCGGCGCCGGGGGCGGCCCGCUGGAUCUGGCCAACCGCCUGACAGGGUUGCCCCCGGGUGUGGAGAGCCCCAACCACGCCGCCACCGUGGCUGCCAUGCUGGAGGCGCAUGCUCGGGACCCAGACGCCAGCUUUGCAGAGGGCCUGGGGCCCACCCCGGCCGCCGCAGCCGCCGCCAACGGCGCCGGAGACGACAGCAGCUCCGAGGAGGCGGAGGCGGCUGGAAGCGGCGGCGCGGGAGCAGCGCCUCGGGACCCAGUGGACUGGGAGGCGCCGCUGGUGGCGCCCCAGGGGCUGGCGGCAGCCCCAGGCACGGUGGCCGGCCUGGCGGCAGCCGAGGCCGCGGUUGCGCCCUGGGAAGGGGAGGGCCCGGCAGACGGCGGCAGCGGUGCGGCGGGUGGCGCGGCGGCGGGGCCCGGCGGCGGCGCCUUUGUGGGCGCGGCUGAGCGGCAGCGCCUCGCGGCGGUGGCCGAGCUGGGCCUGCGCUUUGCCGAGGCGGCGACAGAGAACGGCCACGAGGAUGCCGCCUGCGCGGCGCUGGGAGUGCUGGUGCGGUCUGCGCACCUGCUGCCGCCUGCGCUGGCCGAGCAGCUGGUGCUCCGCAUGGGGCAGUGCCGCAUGACGGAGAGCGCCCGCAACCUGGCGGCGGCGGCGGCGGCGGCCAGGGCGCCCGGCAGCCUAUCAGACCCGGCAGUCAGCUCCCUGCUGGCGGCGCUGGUGGGCGGCAUGCACGGCCCCGCGGUGCAGGGCACGCUGCAGGCGGCGGGGCUGGCGCCGCUGGCUGCUGUCUAUGCGACAGUGUGGGGCAACGGCGACCGCGAGGCGGCCGUGGCCGACUGGCGGCGCCAGCUGGCGGCGGCGCACCCAGAGACGGCGGCCGCGGUGGCCGUCACCCCGCCCGUGGCGUGA